UAGUGUACGGCGUCAGUUGCAACAAAUCUGACUUUGGAUUCAUCGUGCUUUCAUUUGUUUUACUUAACACCGAACGGAGCAGAUGGCUUUGCAAUAUUUACAUAAAUUCUCUUUAACAACGAGAAGAAUACAAAGCAAGACAAUCCGGAUAGUAUCAUCAUCACAGAGUCAUGAAUAUUCAACAAGUAAUAAUGAACAUUUUAACGGUCACCGGGAAAGAGAACACCAGCAAAAAUCAUCAUUUUGGUCAUGGAACAGUUCACUGCUGACGACAGCCGGUUGUGCUGCCAUUGCUCUGGGAGGUUUAGCUUACAUUAACAACGAACAAAAGUUGUGGCCCGCAGUGGAGGCCAAGACGUUACCCAAUUUAAGUGGCAGACGUAAGCAGUUCAAUUUUAUUGCCGACGUGGUGGAUGUUUGUGCCGAAUCCGUUGUAUACAUUGAGAUAAAAGAUACACGACAUUUCGAUUACUUCACGGGGAAGCCGGUAACAGCUUCUAAUGGCUCAGGUUUCAUUAUUGAGUCGGAUGGAACUAUUCUCACCAAUGCUCAUGUGGUAAUCAAUAAACCCCAUACCAUGGUUCAGGUUCGUUUGCAUGAUGGACGUGUUUUCCCCGCCGUAGUGGAAGAUGUUGAUCAGACCUCCGAUUUGGCAAUCAUACGCAUCAAUUGCAAAAAUUUGCCUGUUAUGAAAUUGGGAGAGAGCUCCAGUUUACGUUCCGGUGAAUGGGUUGUUGCCCUCGGUAGUCCGCUUGCUUUAAGUAAUACAGUAACUGCCGGUGUAAUAAGUUCCACGCAGCGUCCUUCCCAAGAAUUGGGUUUAGGAAAUCGGGAUAUAAAUUAUUUGCAAACUGAUGCGGCCAUUACAUUCGGCAAUAGUGGUGGUCCCCUGGUGAAUUUGGAUGGCGAAGCGAUAGGUGUUAAUUCGAUGAAAGUGACAGCAGGCAUCAGUUUCGCCAUACCCAUUGACUAUGUUAAACUGUUCUUGGCCAAAGUGGCCGAACGGAGGAAAAAAGGCUCGGGUGGUAAACAAACAUAUCCUGCCAAACGUUACAUGGGCAUUACAAUGCUAACGUUGACCUAUGAUAUUCUUAAUGAGUUGAAGUCAAGAUCUGAUAGCGUACCAUCGAAUCUAACACAUGGAGUUUUGGUAUGGAAAGUUAUUUUGGGAUCUCCAGCUCAUAUUGGUGGUUUGAAUCCCGGCGACAUUGUAACGCACAUCAAUGGCAAGGAAAUCAAAACCUCCUCUGAUGUCUAUGAAGUAUUGGCUGACAAUUCAAAAACAUUGGACCUAACCAUCUUUAGAGGACUUAAGCGUAUGACUGUGUCAAUUUCACCAGAAGACCCUUAGGAUUAAAGAAAGUAUUUUUCUUACCUAUAUUGACUGCCACAUUUUUGAAGUUCUAUUUAUAUUUCACAUUUGACAUAAUGUUGCUUGUUUUUUUUAGUUAUGUGUAUAUAAAUAUGUAAAUGUUUAUAAAAUUUGA